UUCAUCCCCAAAUAUCUCCCUUCCAUUCAAAGCAUAAUUCCCUCUCAAGAUAUCCCCUCCCUCCUCACGCACAAAUUCCCCUUCUUACACAUCACCCCCCCACCCGGCCACCGUCUCCUCCGCCGGAGACUGGCCGCCACGGAGGUCAAUCAAAACCAUGGACCACCAUCUUAUUAACUAAACACAUUUCAUUCCUCAUUUUAUAUAUACAUAUAUAUAUUUCCUUCUAACAACCUUAUAAAUUUCAUUUCAUUUCAUCCUAGGAACAAAACAACCUUAUUUUUCACAAAAGUCCCAAUGAAAGAUAAUUAUUACAAAGAUAUCGAAAUAGAAGAAGAAGAAGCCAAUGAAAACCACCACCAAGAAGACGACGACCAAUCGUCGUCUCCACGUGGGGUUUUAGAAAUAACAGAAACCCGAACAUCGGGUUCGGAUUCAGACAACCAAAGCAGUAGUCUGAGCAGUAGUCGAGGUUCGUCUUUUAAUGAAAAAACAUUGGCAACAUCGGAAACAGAACAACAACAAAAACAAAAACAAAACAAUAAGUCCGAAGAGGAGACCCCACAAUCAUUGAAAUGGAGGAAUUUGGUUUAUAAUUUGAAAUGGAAAUCGUUGAAGAGGUUUUCGGGGUAUGAAUUGUCAAGAAAAAGUUUGUUGAAACGGUUAGGGAAGUUUAAUGGAAAUGAAGAAGAGGAAGAUGAGGUUGAUGGUUGUGGUGUUGGUGGUGGUUUGGCGGUUGCGAAACCGUCGUGGCGUAAUUUUUCUUUGGAGGAACUUGCGGUUGCCACCGAUGGGUUUAAUCCAGAUAACUUGGUUGGACGAGGUGGGCACGCGGAAGUGUACAAAGGAUGCUUACCCGAUGGCCAAGUUGUGGCUGUGAAACGAAUAACAAAGAAAGAGAAAAAAGAUGAGGAUAGAGUCGGCGAUUUCUUAUCAGAGCUCGGGAUCAUAGCUCAUAUUAACCAUCCAAAUGCAGCUAGAUUGAUUGGCUUUAGCUCUGAUACUGAUUUGCAUCUUGUCCUCCAAUUCGCACCUCAUGGCAGCCUUGCAACUUUACUACAUAAUAGCGAAAAAAGACUAGAAUGGGCAUUAAGGUUUAAGGUGGCAAUUGGCAUAGCAGAAGGGCUGCAGUAUCUUCAUUGUGAAUGUCAUAGGCGUAUAAUCCACCGAGAUAUCACAGCUUCAAACAUUUUGUUAAUGGAAGACUAUCAGCCUCAGAUUUCUGAUUUUGGAUUAGCAAAAUGGCUCCCAGAGAAAUGGGUUCAUCAUAUUGUUUCCCCUAUUGAAGGGACUUUCGGGUACAUGGCACCUGAAUAUUUCAUGCAUGGGCUUGUUCAUGAGAAAAUCGAUGUAUUCUCUUUUGGAGUUCUUUUGCUUGAGCUUAUAACUGGUCGCCGUGCUGUUGAUUCUAGUCGACAAAGUCUUGUAAUUUGGGCUAAACCACUUCUGGAGCAAAGUAAUAUUAAAGAGCUCGUUGACCCUCGUUUACAAGACGAUUACGAUAUUAUUGAGCUCAAUCGUGCAAUGUCAGCUGCUUCUGUAUGUAUUCAUCACUUGCCAAACUUGCGUCCAAACAUGAAAAGGGUUAUACAAAUACUUAAGGGUGAUAGCCCGACAGUGGAACCUAAACAGAAAGCUAGUGGAGGGCGAGCAAUGCUUGUAGACGCUUGUGACAUAGACGAUUACACGGCAACCAAAUACCUAAAAGACCUCAAUCGACAUAUGGAACUCGUCAUGGAGUGAUAACUAAUCAACUCAGCAAGCAGUUUUUUUUGUUUUUGUUUUGUACCUGAUGUUUUGGGUUGAGGUGUGUAUGUAUAUUUUGUUGGGAGUGAGGGACAGAGGUGGGCCUAGAAAAAACCCCUUUUAGAAGUUUUAGGGCCAAAUCUUGUUUUAGUUGUGGGUUUAGAACUUUAGAUGGGGAAUUAAGAAAGAAAAUCUGUAAUUGUUAUACUCUCUAGUGUUUAUGAGUGGUGAAUGAAUUUCCCCAUGAAUGCUUCUAAAAA